UUUGUCCAAAUUUCAUUUCGGGUCCGAGGAUGCCGACGAAGGAAGACGCUCUAUAAAGCGGACUCCGCGGCAAUUCUUCACCACAGCAGACCAGCCAGCGGAGCGUUUUUACAGCCUUGAGAGAGAAAGCCUUCGUUUGGGGGGUUGAAGGGUGCUGCCUAGCAGAGCUGCCAUGGCCAAUGCCUCCACGGACCUGGACAACGUAGAGGCCCAGCGUCAACUGAACAACAACAACCGUCCAGCGAGCAGCACCGGCCCGUCCUGGGACACCGACAGCACCAGCGCCAAACUAUUUGAGUGCUCCCGCAUCAAAGCACUAGCAGAUGAGAGGGAUGCAGUGCAGAAGAAGACCUUCACAAAGUGGGUUAACUCUCAUUUGGCACGAGUCUCCUGUCGAAUCGCUGACCUGUACAAUGAUCUGCGGGACGGCUACAUGCUGACCAGACUGCUGGAGGUCUUAUCUGGGGAGCCUUUGCCAAGGCCCACAAGAGGCCGCAUGCGGAUCCACUGCCUCGAGAAUGUAGAUAAGGCUCUGCAGUUCCUCAAAGAGCAGAGGGUCCACUUAGAGAAUGUGGGCUCCCAUGACAUUGUCGACGGCAACCAUCGGCUCACCCUGGGCCUCAUCUGGACCAUCAUCUUACGUUUUCAGAUCCAGGUAAUCAAGAUCGAGACGGAGGACAACAGGGAAACGCGCUCGGCCAAAGAUGCCCUUCUCCUGUGGUGCCAGAUGAAAACCGCUGGGUACCCUGAGGUCAACAUCCAGAACUUUACUUCCUGUUGGAGGGAUGGCCUGGCCUUUAAUGCUCUCAUCCACAGACACAGACCUGAUCUCAUUGAAUUCCACAAGCUGACCAAAUCCAAUGCCACGUACAAUCUACAGCAAGCUUUCAAUAUUGCUGAGCAGAAUUUGGGCCUCACUAAGCUCCUUGAUCCCGAAGAUGUGAACACAGAGAAUCCGGAUGAGAAGUCCAUCAUUACGUACGUUGUGUCUUUCUACCACUAUUUUUCAAAGAUGAAAGCUCUUGCUGUAGAGGGGAAGCGAAUUGGAAAGGUGUUAGACAACGCCAUAGAGACAGAGAAGAUCAUUGAGCGCUAUGAAGCUUUGGCCUCGGACCUCUUGGAGUGGAUCGAGAAGACCAUCAGUAUAAUCAGCAACCAGAAGUUUGCCAACUCUCUGACAGGUGUCCAGCAGCAGCUCCAGGCCUUCACGACAUACUGUACGAUCGAGAAACCCAUCAAGUUCCAGGAGAAGGGGAAUUUAGAAGUACUGCUCUUCACAAUACAAAGCAAACUCCGAGCCAACAACCAGAAGCCUUAUGUGCCUCACGAGGGGAAGAUGAUCUCUGACAUCAACAAGGUGUGGGAAAGACUAGAAAAGGCAGAGCACGAGAGAGGUGUGGCUCUGCGGACCGAGCUGAUUCGGCAAGAGAAGCUGGAGCUGCUUGCUCAGCGCUUUGACCACAAGACAACCAUGAGGCAAGCCUGGCUGAACGAGAACCAGCGCCUCGUCUCGCAGGACAACUUUGGCUACGAUCUGCCGGCAGUGGAGGCAGCUAUGAAGAAGCACGAGGCGAUCGAAGCAGACAUUUCGUCAUAUGAGGAGCGCAUCGGGGUGGUGGUGGAACUGGCUGCAGAAAUGGAGGCGGAGGGUUACUAUGACAUUCGGCGCAUUGUAGCACGUAAGGAGAACAUCUUAGGCCAGUGGGCCCUUCUGAAGGAGCUGGUGGUAGGAAGAAAAGCACGUCUCGAGAAGAAUCUGGCUUUACAGAAGACCUUCCAAGAGAUGGUCUACAUGAUUGACUGGAUGGAGGAGAUGCAGGUUCAGCUUCUGUCCAAAGACUUUGGAAAGCAUCUCCUAGAGGUGGACGAUUUACUCCAAAAGCACAGCCUCCAGGAGGCAGAUAUUGCAGUACAGGCAGAGCGAGUCCAAACACUCAACACAGCCGCCCUCAAGUUUACCACCAUCGAAGGCUAUCAGCCCUGCGAUCCCCAGGUAAUCUGCAACCGGGUUAACCAUGUGAGCACCUGCUUGGAGGAGCUCAAGCAGCUUGCUGCCAAGCGAAGGGCGGAACUCGAGGAGUCCCGGCAGCUCUGGGCCUUUUUCCAGGAGCUGGAGGAAUCAGAGGCCUGGAUUCGGGAAAAGACGGCCAUUUUGGCAGCUCAGACCUGUGGCAAAGACUUGAGCAGCGUGUUACGCCUGUUGCACAAGCACAAGACCCUGGCAGGCGAGCUGCUGAGCAGACGUGCUCUCCUGCAGCAGACAAUGAAAAAGGGAAAGCAGAUACUAACCCACAAGAGCUUCGGCACAAGCCGCAUCCAGGAAAGGGUCAUGGAGGUGAAGGCUGAGUGGAAGCACCUGGAAGACCAGGCAGGCCAGCGGCUGAACCACUUGCAGGAUGCCCUCAACUUCUUCCAGUUCAACGUGGAAACGGACGACCUUCUGGCCUGGUUGCAGGACACCUAUCGGCUGGUGUCCAGUGAGGACUUUGGCCACGAUGAGUACUCCACCCAGUCUCUGUUAAAGAAGCACCGGGACGUGCGGGAGGCCAUAGACAAACAUCGGGUACACGUGGUGGCCCUGCGUAAGCACAUGGUGGGCCUGACAUUGCACUAUCGUGAGCUGGACGAGGUGCAGGCACGCAUGGCCGAGGUGGAGCAGCUGUACACGGAGGUGGCCGAGGUGGCCGUGCUGCGGCAGCAGUGGCUGCACGAUGCCUUGGCUGUGUAUCGCAUGUUCAGUGAGGUCAAUGCCUGCGAGGUGUGGAUUGAUGAGAAGGAGCAGUGGCUCAACAAGAUGGACAUUCCUGAGCGACUGGAGGACGUGGAAGUGGUUUCGCACAGGUUUGAGAGCCUGGACCAAGAGAUGAACAGCCUGAUGGGGAGGAUCCUGGAUGUCAAUCAGAUCGUCCAGCAGUUGUUGGAUGGUGGGCAUCCCAGCUCAGAAGAGGUGCGCAGCUGUCAGGACCAUUUAAAUGGCAGGUGGAACCGCAUUGUGGAGCUGGUCGAGCAGAAGAAGGACCACUUAAACUCCAUUCUCCGCAUCCAGAAUUACCUACUGGAGUGCACAGAGAUCAAGUCCCAAAUCCGGGAGAAGCGUAAAGCCAUUGAUGCUACUCAGUAUGUUGGCAGCGACCUUGGAGGGGUACUGGCCCUACAGCGCAAGCUAUCCACCAUGGAAGGUGCUCUGGGUGUUCUGGAGCCCAAGCUGAUCCGCCUGCAGCAGGAAGCAGAAGAGCUGGCGGUGACCCACCCAGCCCAAGCAGUGGAGGUGCUGGUGCAGUUUGAGGAGAUCAGUGUAGAGUGGGAGGAGCUGAAAUGCACGCUGCAAGGUUGCGAGGACUCGCUCACGGUGGCCAGCCGGCUGCAGCAGUUCAUCCAGGACCUGGACAGCUUCCUGACCUGGCUGGUGCAGACGCAGACGGCUGUGGCUUCCGAGGAGUUGCCCAAUUCCCUGGAGGAGGCGGAGCGGCUCAUCAACCAGCACGCAGCUCUCAAGGAAGAGAUCGGUCGCUAUGAGGAGGACUAUGAGCGCCUUCAGGCUGUCAACGACCUCCUGGAGACUGAGGAGGCACCGCUGCCGUACGUGGCCUUGCAGCAGUGGUUGCAGAAACUUGACGUAGGUUGGAACAAGCUGCUGGAGAUGUGGGAGAGCCGUCGGGAGGUGCUCGUGCAGGCGCACAUCUUCCACCUCUUCAUGCGGGAUGUGAAGCAAGCCGAAGCCUUCCUCAACAACCAGGAGUCAGCCCUUGCCCACGUUGAACUGCCCACCACGGUGGAGACGGUGGAGGCAGCCAUCAAGAAGCACAAGGACUUCACCACCACCAUGGAGCUCAACUUACACCGCAUCAAGGCGGUCAUUGAGGCUGGGGAGAGCCUGAUGGGGCAAGGCAACAUCUACUCUGAGCGCAUUAAAGAGCGCAUAGAGACGCUUGCUAACAGGAGCAACCAGAAUCGCAAGCUGGCCCAACAGUGGCUGGACAAGCUGAAUGACCAGUGGGAGCUACAGAGAUUCCUGCAGGACUGCCAUGAGCUCGGCGACUGGGUGGCGGAAAAGAUGCUGAUGGCCCGCGACACUUCCCGGGACGAAGCGCAGAAGCUACACAAGAAAUGGCUGAAGCACCAGGCCUUCAUGGCCGAGCUGGCCCAGAAUAAAGAGUGGCUGGAGAAGAUUGAAAAGGAAGGCCAGCAGCUGAUCCAAGAGAAGCCUGAGCUGAGCUCCAUUGUGCGACGGAAGCUGGAGGAGAUCCGGGAGUGCUGGCUGGACCUGGAGAGCACCACCCAGGCCAAAGCGCGGCAGCUCUUUGAGGCAAACAAGGCCGACCUCCUGGUCCAGAGCUACUCGAGUUUGGACCAGCGGCUGUCCCAACUGGAAGGGCAGCUCUCGCAAAUGGACCACGGCCAAGACCUGACCAGUGUUAACAAGCAACUCAAGAAACUCCAGACCAUGGAGUCUCAGAUGGAGGACUGGUACAAGGAGGUGGGUGAUCUGCAGGUCCAGGCAGCCUCCAUCCCCCAACAGGGCAUGCCUCGGGACACCAUGUCGGAGAAGCAAGCUCAGGUGGAGACACGCAUCGUACGUCUCAUCGAGCCCCUCAAGGAACGCCGGCGUAUCCUGUUGGCCUCCAAGGAGGUGCACCAAGUGGGCCGUGACCUGGAAGAUGAGAUUUUGUGGGUCCAGGAGCGUCUUCCCAUGGCCACUUCCAAAGAGCACGGGACCAGUCUGCAGGCCGUGCAGCAACUCAUGAAGAAGAAUCAGAGUCUGCAGCGUGAGCUUCAAGGCCACAGAGCGCGGGUUGAGGAUGUCCUCGAUCGGGCCAGCGUCAUCGCCUCCAUCCGAAGUCCCGAGGCAGACUGCGUGCGAGCGGGCUUGGAGCAGCUGCAGCACCUGUGGGAGACCCUGAAGCUGGAGACAGAGCGGAGGCAGCUAACACUGGAUGCUAUGUACCAAGCGCAGCAGUACUACUUCGAUGUGGCUGAGGUGGAGGCCUGGCUAAGUGAGCAGGAGCUCCACAUGAUGAAUGAGGAGAAAGGCAAGGAUGAGCCAAGCACGCUGAAGCUGUUGAAGAAACACCUGGUCCUGGAGCAGACCAUCGAGGACUACGCCGAGACCAUAGGCCUCCUCUCCCAGCAGUGCAGGCAGCUCCUGGAGCUUGGCCAUCCUGACAGCGAGCAGAUAAGCAAGCGGCAGUCGCAGAUCGACCGGCUGUACGUCUCGCUGAAGGACCUGGUGGAGGAGCGCAAGUCCCGGCUGGAGCAGCAGUACUGGCUCUACCAGCUGAACCGGGAGGUGGAUGAGCUGGAGCAGUGGAUUGCCGAACGCGAGGUGGUCGCCAGCUCCCCUGAGCUCGGCCAGGACUUUGAGCAUGUCACAGUCCUGCAGGAGAAGUUCACCGAUUUUGUCACGGAGACGGGGUCUCUAGGUCAGGAGAGGGUGACGGCGGUGAACCAGAUGGUGGACGAGCUCAUUGACUAUGGUCACGCUGACGCGGCCACUAUUGCGGAGUGGAAGGAUGGUGUGAAUGAGGCCUGGGCAGACUUGCUGGAGCUGAUGGAGACACGAGCGCAGAUGCUGGCAGCUUCACACCAGCUGCACAAGUUCUUUGCUGACUGCCGGGAGGUUCUGAUCCAGAUUGAGGACAAGCAGAGGCGGUUGCCUGAGGUGCGGGCCUGCCAAGGGGGCACAGCCAACACAAGCACCUUGCAAAGACUCAUGCACACAUUUGAGCAGGACAUCCAGCUGCUCGUCACACAGGUGCGGCAGUUGCAGGAGAGUGCUGCCCAGCUCAGGACGUUGUAUGCGGGCGAGAAGGCGGAGGCCAUCGCCAGCAAGGAGCAGGAGGUGAUGCAGUCCUGGAAGGAGCUGCUGACCUUCUGCGAGGAGUGCCGUGUGCAGAUCACCACGGUGACGGACAAGCUGCGCUUCUUCGGUGCCGUGCGUGACCUCAUAAUUUGGAUGGACAGCAUCAUUUGCCAGAUCGGGACAGGGGAAAAACCCAGGGAUGUGUCCUCAGUAGAGGUGCUAAUGAACUACCACCAGAGCCUGAAGAGUGAAAUUGAAGCACGCAACAAGAACGUUCUUCUGUGCAUCGAAAUGGGAAAGACACUUCUGGCAGCCCGCAAUCCCGCUGCUGAAGAGAUCAAGGAGAAGUUAGAUAAGCUUGUGGCCAAGCAAAAGGAGAUGUCUGAGAAAUGGGACAAGCACUGGGAAAAGCUACAACACAUGCUCGAGGUUCACCAGUUUGCCCAGGAAGCCAUGGUGGCAGAGGCCUGGCUGACAGCCCAGGAGCCUUUUAUCAACAGCAGAGAGUUGGGAAACAGCGUGGAUGAGGUGGAGCAGCUGAUCCGUCGGCACGAAGCUUUCCGCAAGGCUGCAGCCACCUGGGAGGAACGCUUCAGCUCACUGCGCAGGCUGACCACUGUUGAGAAAUUGAAAGCGGAGCAGAGCAAACUGCCCCCAACACCACUGCUGGGCAGGAAGGUGUUUCUCGACCCGCAGGAAGCAUCACCCUCCCGGAGUCUCACCUCGUCCUUGAUGCGGCAGACAAUCUAUGAGAAGCCAGAGCCUAAGCUGGAGAGGCAAUCUCUGGAGCCUUCGGCGUCCUCUGUGGCCCGAAGACUGGGUUCCACAGUGGCCAGCUACACACCCGUCAUGAAUGGCUCCAGUUACCGGAGCCUAGACUUGAGGGGGACAGUUGGCGGGGAGGCCAAAGUGGCUUACGUACGGCAGGACUUGAAACCUGAGCGUCUGCAACCCAAGAUCGACCACAUCUUAGAAAGCAGUAGAACAGAGCGGGAUCAGGAGAAGGAGCAAGAAAGGGAGAGGGAAAGCGAAAUGGUGCUAGCCGAUGUUGUCCUGAGGGAGCCUGGGAGGGAAAUGCUGAAUGGUGAGUCACCCCGGGACCCCCGUGGCAGCCGCUCAGAUCCCCAAAUGGACCACUACAGGAGGGAAAGACGUUUGGAGCGGCAGGCCUCCAGUGAGCAGGAGAUACAGGCACGACGUGACGAGCUGCCCCAGGAGGUGUGGCGGGAGCGCCACGAACGCCGGUUGGAGCGGCAGACGUCCAGCGAGCAGGAGGGCCGCCGGAGAGACCGAUAUCGGCUAGAGAGGCAGGAGUCCAGCGAACAGGAGACCACCAGGGAUCAGUCUGACAAGCGCUCUGGCGGGGAUAAGCGUUCCACGUUGGCAGACAUUGUAGAGCAGCUGCAGGAAAGGGAAGCAGCGCAGGCCAGAGGAGAAAUGCCACGUCUCCUCAACGGCCUCCCAGAAAAGUCGGUUCGACCUGACCGCCCUCGAGCGAGGGACCGUCCUAAACCGCGCCGAAGACCUCGGCCCAAAGAACCCAACACUGGAGAGACGAGGCGAUCCCGCUCAGCACCAGCACAGAGCAGCCCGCCAGUGCCUCAGCCUCCCACCCACACGGUCCACCAUGAAGGCUUCCUCUUCCGCAAGCUUGAUAUUGAGAGUCAGAAAAAGAGCUCCAACAGCAGGUCUUGGGUGAACCUCUACUGCGUGCUGUCCAAAGGAGAAAUUGGUUUCUACAAGGAUGCCAAGAACACCACCACACCUUACAACAGCGAGCCAUUGCUCAACUUGGGCAGCUGCACCUGCGAUGUCACCAAUGGUUACAAGAAAAAGAAAAAUGUCUUCACGCUCAAAACAAAAGAUGGCAGUGAAUUUCUGUUCCACGCUAAGGACGAGGAGGAUCUGAAGGGCUGGAUCACAAACAUCACCACCAGCAUCAAGGAGCACGAGGAGAUCGCCAAAUGGGGACAGCCCCAGCCUACUACCUCUUCCACGGAUGAAGGCACACGACGGGACGGCAGCAAGGCCGACAAGUCGGAAAAGGGGGAGAGGUCUGACCGGGCGGACAAAGUGGAGAAGGGGGAGAGGUCAGAGAAGUCAGAAAAGGUUGAAAGGUCAGAAAAGGCAGACCGACGCUCUAGCACAUCGGGAAAGAAGAAAUGAGAGUAGACCUUUGUGGGCCAUCUGAGGGAGGGGGGGCGCUGGGUGAAGUGAGUGCUUGCAGAUUCUGCAUCCGCGUAGUCCCUCCCUGUCGCUCACCCUUCUCCUUUUAAUCAGAUCAGUAUUGGGAUAACAGGAAAGGGACGAAGGCAAGCACAUGUGAUCGAUCGGGAGAGUGUGCAUCCAUAUGCAUCCCCCUCUCUGUCUCUCUGUCCAUUGCUUCGAGGACUAGACACCCAGCACCAGCUCUCGUUGCUCCAACACUCUCGCUUCUGCCCCAAGCAGUCAGAGCACCUGUUGGUCAGAGCAGGACACUACACCCCAGUCAGGUGGUAUGCUAAGGAGAUACCCAUAAAAAGACCCUUGUUACAGGUAUUAUAUUAAAGUAGGUCAUUAAGAAUGUUUCAUUUUUAAUUAAUUGUAUCUAAUUGUAUCUAUUUACCUGUCUGCCUAACUAUCUAUUGCUCUGUCUAGAUAUUAUGUCUUAUAAUCAGAUGCAGAAGUGAAUGAAAUACGCCAACUUGUUUUAAAAAGGCUGAUUUCUUAGCAAAUAUCUGUUUUUAUUCAUUUCUUCCCCCCCCCUCCCCUCUUUGCCUUUGGUUUUGUUCUGACAAACUCCCAAUUUCAGAUUUUUCUCUUGGUUCUUUGUAUUUUUACAUGAGGGCUUAAUCACUCCUGUACCAAGGGAAGUCAAGUCUGUCCUUUCCCCUCUGGAGGCGCCAACAGUGUCCUGAGUUUGGACUGGGGAUAAAAUGUACCGGUGACAUCUCACCCCAUGUGCUUUCAGCAGACAGCAUCCAGUGAAAUAAAGGGAAGCAAAAGACAUUAGCGUAGCUCUGUAGUUUGAACAUUUUUACACGGUGUGACUCUUCCACGUGAAUUUGUAACCGAUGCCAUCUGAUCAACCUGUGUCAACUUUGCUAAUGCCUAUAUGUGAGGGCCAGAGGAGCCCCAGAGAAGUAAAGUAAAAGGUUAAACCCUAGAAUGAACACCAAGGGAUUCCUACCUGCUGUGACUGUAAAGUGCGGGAGUGAAAAAAGGGGCCCAUGAGAUAGGGAAAUGUUGCCCUGUUUUGUAAGGCAGUAAGAAGACAAAUAUCCAUUCAACAGAUGUUCCAUUUUACACUUUCUGCAUUCACGCCUUGUUUAUUUUCAAGACCAACGCUCACCAGAGACACAAAGUGUUUGCACAUUAUUGCUUUCCGCUGCCAAGGCUCCAUACCUCAGGUUUUUUUUUGUUUUGUUUUGUUUUGUUUUUUUGUCUUCUCAGUAACAAUUAGUCUUCCAUGUAUGGCAGGAAUGUCCCAGUAGAUAUGUGCACUUUACUGGGCACUCUUCAGAACCAUGCGCAGCACUUGGGGAGCGGAAGCAAAGACAAGAUGGAGUUUGUGGGUGGUGCAACGCGGCCACUCUGCAGCCAAUGGGACCGAUGACAGAAAUUUCGCUAGUUUGAUGAUAAGAUGAUAAACGAAAGGGGGAAAACAAAAAAAAAAAAAAACACCUUAGGAAUGCAAAUCCCCACAUGACUGUCACCACUUAACGAGUGGUUUGGUGCUCUGCUGUCACGUGGUCUGAGCUUAAACGUGUGAGCAAUGGUGCUUAAAUGUGCAGGUUUGGGUGGAACUUACUUAAAACUGUCAAGUAACAAAAGAUGCAUUACGUCGCUGUAUAAAUUCUUUCGAAAGUGUAGAACGGCACAGUCACUUUUAAUUAGGUGUUUUGCAAUGAAAAAACCUCAGACAGUUUGUAUGCCUCACCAACAGUUUAAUAAGUAUACUGCAUAGGGAACUGUUUCAGCUUUUCCUCUUCACAGCUGCCGUGUGUCCUCGUGCAGGUGAGCUGGUCAGGACCUGUUGUGAUGACCGCUGCAGAGUUACGCUCAGUGGGUUGCACCAAAAUGUAGAAAAAUUAAAAUGCACUGCAAAUAUGUCACGUGGAACAUGUGCGGUCCACAGGUAAUAAGUGGAUUAGAGUCAGCCCGCAGUUUAGGAUUCUCUGUUGUCUCAGAUGUCACACCUUUUUUAUGCAGCUUUUUCUACUUACUUUUGUCAUUAUGUAUGCAUUAUUGUAUGCGCAGAAGCCAAACUAUUGCAAACGUCAAUGCACAUUGGAAUCAAAAGCCCCUUGGCCAUUUGCUGUGGUCAUGUAAAAACGUGUAGUAAUUGUGACUGAAUAUUGUGACAGCACAUGGGGAAUUAGGCAUUUCUGUUGUGUUUUAAGAAGAACAAGAGCUAAUAAAGCAUAUUAAACACAUUAAAGAGCCAUUCAUUGUAGUAUGGAUGAAAUACUUUAUAGUUUGGUAGGAACACUAGUGGUACGCUCAAGCUACGCAGGUAUUGAAAUCAUUUUCGUGUGCUGUGUGCAGUACCUUUUUUGUUUUCAGAGUGUUGGGCAUAGCCGAAUUUUCUUCUUGUCUUGCCUGAUUUCUUUUUCAAGAUUAGAUGAAUUUGACGUGAACAGGUUUAUUAAAAUGCAGUUUGACUAACAGGUUAUGACAAGCUGUUAAGGUUUUACGGUAACAUUCAUAAAAGAAAAAACAACUUUUUAUGGUUUGGUUGCUAAAUUGAGAUUAACAAACUAUGAGAGGAAAUGUACACCACAGAGAAACUAAACGUGACGGGGUGUACAUGUCGCUAUUGUGCACUUCAUACUAAAUAAAAUCAGUGUGGGAAUUGAUCAUGUCAAACCACAGAAAAACUGCCUUUUUUGAGUCAGAUACUUUUACUUUGUAUAAUGCAGCAAAACUGUGAGUGAGUCAGAAAUGAAGCACUUAUUGAAAAUGUUUUGCUGCAUUGAUUUUUUUGAGCUGAAAAAAAAUUUAAAAAUUCCAGAAGUAUGUAAAUAACACAGACAUGCUUUUUUCAAUAGGUUGUUUUCACAGUCCUUUAAAAAUACACAUUGAGAAACUAAAUCCAGAAAUUCAUCUUACUCUUGAAACUGCAAUUCAAUUUGGAAAUUAUCUUUUUUUUUUAAAUUGUCUGAUUUUAUAUUAUUACUGGUAUAAAUUCAUGUUAUUCUUUCUUUUAGCCUGUGAUGUGUUUUGCAGUAGAGAUAUCUUUUAGUUAGGGAAGAGGCUAAUGGAAGCAGCGAUAGUUGACAGUAUAGAGAAUUUAUGCAACGUUUUCUUUGCACUAAACACUCCCCCAUUACACAGUGCUGUUGCCUGUGAGGCAGAGGUGCUGCAGGGUCUGCAAGAUGGAAAUGCAAAGCAUUGAACUUUGCUUAAGGAGGAGUGAUGCUCAGUCUAAAUACUGCCUGCUGGAUAUCCCACUUUUUCUCCUUGUGCUUUUUGGGUCAUUUAAUUUAUUACAGGUGAUUUAUGAUGUAUCUUCCACCUAAGUAACAUUUAUUUCUGCCAGACUUUUCUAUGUUAUUCAUUUUUUUGACAAAUUCAAUUCACUUGUUAAACUUUCACUCUUUUUAAUUAUUUCAGUACUAAGGGAGGUUUGUAGAAAACGAGAGGUUUAAAGAUGAGAAAAUUAGAGAUUUAUAUACAACUAAAAUUUAUAGAAACCUAAACUGAUACUGGAAAAGGGACUGGUACUAUGACCUGCAUGUGGAUUUAAAUUACUAUCUUGAUUAUGCUCAUUAACGGGUCUAACUGAGCAUGCCAUUUUUGGUCUACCAGAAAUGCAGACAGAAAUGUCCCGUUUGAUUAACAGAAAGCACAAUUUUAUAAGCUGUCCAGGAUGUGAUUUAAUCACAACUUCUUAAUUUAUACCAGUGCACAUGUAAGGGUUGUGCAACGCUACACUGGACUUUUUGGGGGUAAAAAUGUUUUUGUGGCAUAAAGGUUAAGCUUUUUGGGCAAAAUAAUGCAGGGGCAGUGCUGAUAGGUGUAAAGAUGUCCCAAGAUGAGUCUGUGGGUUACUGUUAAACUAGAUAUGUAUGCAGAGUCGUAUGUUUUAAUGUAACACAUUGCACAGCGUUACGCACAUCCCAGUGUUUUCCAUGCAGUGUUUGUCACUAGUGUAAGAUGGCAGUGUUUUGUUUCCUCGCAGAAACACACACUAGUUCAGUGGAGCUACUCAAAUACUGACAAGUGAAAUGUAUAGCAGUGGCGACCAUAAAUGAACACACCUCCUCUUUGCGUCAUAACCCGGCUUAUUUGGAUGAAAUUAGAAAAUGUACUGCCUUUAAACCGUUACAGGCCUAUUUUGAUAUGUAUUUAAUGGUUUUUCCUCUCCGUUUUGAUACAGUCGCACCAGAGCUGGUGGGAAAACAGUUCAUUAGAAUUAACCAUCAGGCAAAUGCUCCAUCCUGCUCACCUGAUAAGUCCCAACGCCUGUCCAUGUGCUCCACAGGUUUGCUCUCUCACUGCUCUGUUCCUGCCGUUCUCACCCAUUUUCUCCACCGACAGACCUUACAGCACCACCUGCAUUUGAUCAACUACUGAUAUUUUGCAAAGCUCAGCAGCUUAAUAUCAUGUAUAAAAUGUAAUUGCUUAUAAUAUUUUCUGUAAAGAAACAGAAAGUUCUUUUUUCCUGCUGUAAAACUGAGAAAAAAGGGUUUAUGACUUUUAACAUUAAUUGAGCAAAUUUAAUCAAUAGGGGAAAUGUUUAUUUGUACAAAAGACAAAAAUCAGGACAAAAAGCUGCAUGUAUGACUAAAUUCCCUAUUAUAAAACCACUGUGCAUGUUUUUAAAGCGGUUUUACUCCCUCAUUAUACAAUCACUGUACAGUACUGGGGUGAAAACUGUAAGUAAAUUAUAAGAAUGAAUAAUUGAAUAAUAUUGUAUAAAAUAGUUCAGACGAUAUUUGCCUCUGUACAGUUAUCUCCGUGAAUAGAUAAAUACAAAUUGUGAUAUGCCAAAAAGCCACAAGUUGUUGAGAUUCUUGUCUAUUCUUUGAAAUCAGGAGUUAAAUUAAAGCCUUUUUACAAUAUCUUGCUUGACAUUGUAUUAAGGAGUAAAAUUCUGAAACCAUGAGGCUUAUUUCGAGAAUGCUAAAAGAAAAUUACUCGAGAUGCACUUCGGUAUUCUGGUAAGAAGCUGAAGGUAAGAUACAUUCUCACUGAAGUGUCUGGGCACUCAUUUGCAUGUUUGAAUCUCUUGUUUUCCCUAAAGCUCAUGAAACGGCGAACAUCAUAACCACAGUUUAUAG